AUGUUGCCGAUAGCGACCAUCUUUCUGCUUUGUGCUUGGAAUCUGGUUUCCGGGCAGAUUCGUUACUCCAUUCCCGAAGAACUGGAACAUGGUGCCUUCGUCGGAAACAUCGGAAAGGAUUUGAAUUUGGCAGUGGAAGAACUAUCACGCCGUAAAUUCAGAAUGGUGUCUGCCUCUUCAAUACAAUAUGUGGAUGUAAAUCGUCGGAGUGGCGUUUUAUUUGUUAAUAAAAGGAUAGACAGAGAGCACCUCUGUGGACAGAGUGCGACGUGUUUAUUGUCUCUUGAAGCAGUAGUUGAAAAUCCUGUGGAGCAAUAUCAAGUCGAAGUUGAGAUUGUCGAUAUUAAUGAUAAUUCACCGAGUUUUCCUAACAGUGAAAUUCAUCUGGAAAUUGCAGAAUCAGCGGUUCCUGGAGCGCGUUUUCUUUUGGAGCACGCGCAUGAUCUUGACGGAGGAAACAAUUCUAUCCGCACAUACCAGCUCACACCAAAUGAACAUUUUACUUUAGGUGUGCAAAGUCGCGGCAAACGCAUAGUACCCGAAUUAGUGCUGAAGAACUUUCUCGACCGAGAAAAGCAAGCAAAACACCGUUUAUUGCUCACAGCGUUUGACGGGGGCUCUCCAGAAAGGACAGGUACCGCGCACAUAACUAUUAUAAUCUUUGAUAUUAAUGAUAAUGCCCCGGUUUUCCGACAGUCGUUAUAUACUGUCAGUCUGAUGGAAAACGUGCCAAAAGGUUCUAUAGUGAUUAAACUGAACGCCACUGAUUUGGACGAGGGUCCUAAUGGUGACGUGGUUUAUUCAUUUAGUAGUCACAAUGAGGAAAGCGUUUCGAAAAUGUUUACGAUUAAUUCAACGUCGGGGGAGAUCCAAGUGAAGGGAAUACUUGAUUUUGAAGAAACAAGUUAUUAUGAGAUUGAUGUAGAAGCUAAGGACCGGAGUGUACCACCACUAUCUGCUCAUUGUAAUGUGCGAGUGGAGAUCAAAGAUGUCAAUGAUAAUCCUCCGGAUUUACUUCUUAAUUCUAUCUCACAGUCAAUCAGUGAGGAUGCUCCCAGUGGAACGCUGGUAGCAUUGAUCGGUGUAACAGACCGAGAUUCCAAUAAAAACGGAUACACGGAUUGUUUUAUCUCUCCAAACAUUCCUUUUGAUCUGAAAUCGGCGUUUCUAAAUUCUUACAGGCUCAUCACGAAUAAAGCUCUAGACCGGGAAAGUGUGCCUCAAUAUAAAAUCACGGUAAAGUGCACAGACCGAGGAUCCCCCUCACUGUCCACCAACAAAACAGUCGUUGUGCAGAUUUCCGAUAUAAAUGACAAUGCGCCACGCUUUACACAGCCUUCAUACAAAAUGUAUGUGACAGAAAACAAUGUGCCUGGAAGUUCCAUUGGAUCAGUGACAGCUUUUGAUCCUGACAUCGGUCAAAAUUCACAGGUUACAUACAAAAUUGUGGAGAAGCCUCUUCAGCAGGUUCCAAUGUCUUCAUAUAUCUACAUCAAUCCGAAAAAUGGCACUAUAUUUUCAAAACAUCCAUUUGACUACGAAGAGUUUAAAAGUUUUCAGAUCCACGUUCAAGCUCAAGAUGCUGGUUUGCCGUCACUUUCGAGUAGUGUUGCUGUGAAUGUGAUUGUCCUUGACCAAAACGAUAACCGUCCUGUUAUAAUAUCCCCUGGAUCUAAAACGCAUGUCAAUUCAAGUGUUCUUCGAUCUGCAGACCCAGGUUAUUUGGUAACGAAGAUCAUUGCUUCCGAUGCAGAUUCUGGUCAAAAUGGACGACUUUCCUAUCAAAUUAUGCAAUCCAACGAUCCAGGUCUUUUCACAAUUUCACGUAAUUCUGGAGAAAUAAGAAGUGUUCGGCGAUUUAAAGAUAGCGACGCGGAAACGCAAAGGUUAAUUGUUCAAGUGAAAGACAAUGGAUAUCCACCUCUCUCGACCACGGCCACUAUUGUAUUGAAAAUAGCUGCGGAAAGCACAAACAUUCAACCGGACGUCAGUGAACCCCGCAAGGAUUUCCAAGGUUCGGAGAGAUUAACCUUUUACAUCAUCAUAACUUUGGGAGCAACCUCAUUUGUUCUGCUAAUGGUUAUCAUUGUUCUUGUUGUUGCUGUAUGCCCAAUGGGCGGGAGUUCUGCUCAUGGUCGAGGUUGCUCUCUUUCUAAUUGUUGUUGCAGCAGAGAAUUGGAAUAUCAGAGUUCGAGUGUCAAUCUUCAAUACGUACCGGAUUCCAAUUUAAUUCCAAACUUUCUGGAAGUCCAUGGUAAUGGAUCGUUUUCAGAAAACUACCGUUACAAAAUUCGUUCAGCGCCAGAAACAGCUGAAUUAGCUUUCACGAAAUUCAGUCCACAAAUGCCUAGAACGAUUGAAAGGAACGUAAUGAACAUUUCACCACAGUGUGGAAUACUGAAGGAUAACUGGUCUGAUAUACCCAAUGAGCUAACCAGUGCCUGUCCUCCAUUCUUCGACAAUUUAACAUUCAAACAAUUGUCAGACCCUGAACAGAGUCCGAUUCAGCGCCAGUUCAUCUACAGUGUCUUUACAACUGUAAUUAACAUCGAUGCAGAAGAAAUAAUGAGGGCCGAAAGACACAUCUCUGCAGAGGAAAUGACACACAGGGACGGUUUCUUUCUGUGCAGAAAGACUGCGAUACCGUCCAUCUUGCUGCUUUGUGUGUGGAACCAGGUUUCGGGGCAGAUUCGUUACUCCAUUCCUGAAGAAUUAGAACGCGGUGCUUUUGUAGGGAACAUCACGAAAGACUUAGGAUUCAAUUCAGCCGACCUCGCAACUCGCAGAUUCCGGAUCGCCCUCCAAGCGCCAUUGCAAUAUUUCGAUAUAAAUCUUCAGAAUGGAAUGUUAUUCGUCAAUAAAAGAAUAGACAGAGAAGUACUCUGCGGGCAAAGCCUCACCUGUUUACUGCCUUUGGAACUGGAAAUUGAUGGUCCUGUGGAGCAGUAUGAUGUCGAGAUCGAGAUUAUUGAUAUAAACGAUAACUUUCCCAGUUUUUCAAAAGGAAAAAUCAAUUUGGAAAUUGCGGAGUCUGUUACACCUGGAACCCGGUUUAAUUUAGAAGCUGCACAGGAUCCUGAUGCAGGAAGCAAUUCUGUGCAGAUGUACCAGCUCACCUCCAACGAACAUUUCUUUUUAGAUGUACAGACGCUUGGGAAAUGGAAAAUACCUAAGUUGGUGUUACAGAAGUCGUUAGACCGCGAAAAAGAAUCAACACAGCGUUAUUUGCUCACUGCUAUUGACGGCGGAGCGCCUGAGAGGUCAGGCACUGCUGAGGUAACUAUCAUUAUCUUAGAUGUUAAUGACAAUGCACCAGUUUUCCAACAGUCCUUGUACGCUAUUAGUUUAACGGAAGAUACUCCACUAGGCACUUUAGUUAUUAAGCUUAACGCGACGGAUUUGGAUGAGGGGUCCAAUGGUGACAUUGUUUACUCUUUAAGUGGCUAUGGUGAAGAACAAAUAGCUGAAGCAUUUAAUAUUGAUCCCAAAACUGGAGAAAUCACUGUUAAAGAGAGACUGGAUUUUGAAGAAAAAAGUAUUUACGAAAUACAUGUGGAAGCUAGGGACAUGGGGACGCAGUCACUUUCCACACAUUGUAUUGUUCAAGUGGACAUCAAGGAUGUGAAUGAUAAUGCUCCGGAUUUGAUUCUAAAACCGAUUUCGAGCACAGUCAGCGAAAACGCUCCCACUGGGACUUUGAUCGCGACGGUGAGUGUUACGGAUCGGGAUUCUAUUGAAAACGGACGUACGAGUUGUGAUAUCUCCCCGAAUAUCCCGUUUGAGUUGAAACCUUCCUUUAGGAACACUUACAGACUAACCGCGAAUGGCAAUCUGGAUCGGGAACACGCCCAGGAAUUCGCAAUUACUGUGACAUGUGAAGACGAGGGACGCCCUCCACUAUCCACAAGCAAAACCAUGACUGUGCAUAUUUCAGAUGUAAAUGACAAUGCGCCCAGCUUUACGCAGACUACAUACACGCUCUACGUGACCGAAAACAAUCCAGCUGGACAUUCGAUUGGAUCAGUGUCAGCGUUCGACCCCGACUCUGAACAAAAUGCCCAGAUUGCUUACAGACUUCUAGACACCAAAGUCCAGGGCCAUCCAGUCUCUUCAUAUGUUUCAAUUAACUCAGAAAAUGGCGUCAUCUAUUCACAACGAUCCUUUGAUUACGAGCAGUUGAAAAGUUUUGAGAUCCUUGUUCAAGCUCAAGAUGCGGGUCUGCCGUUUUUUUCCGGGAAUGUCACUGUGAAUGUGAUUAUUCUCGACCAGAAUGAUAACGCGCCUGUCAUUACAACACCUAAGUCAAUGAAUUACAGCAAAGCGACUGUGCCUCGAUCUGCCGAUCCAGGAUUUUUGGUAACUAAGGUAAUUGCUUCUGAUGCUGACUCAGGACAAAACGCACGUAUUUUCUAUCAGCUUGUGCAAGCCACUGAUUCGGGUCUAUUUGCAAUUGCACGGAAUUCGGGAGAAAUCAGAAGCGCUCGUCGAUUUAAAGAUGGUGAUGCGACCACACAAACACUAGUCAUCCGGGUAAAGGAUAAUGGUUACCCACCACUCUCUACUAGUACCACUAUCACACUCAUUAUCUCUGAACAGAGCGAAGAAUUUCAGUCAGAAGUUGACGACUUCCACCAAGAUUUACAACAAUCUCCCGAUUUGGCAUUUUAUAUAAUAAUUUCUUUGGGAAUAACAUCGUUCUUGCUUCUUGUUGUCAUAAUCGCGCUUGUUAUUGCCAUUUGUCCGAACACAGCACAAGCUGACAGCAGUGGCAAUUGUUUCCUGACCAAUUGUUGCUAUGCUACAGAAUUGGACUCCAAAAGCAGAACGAAAAAUCCAAGUGCCAACCUUCAGGUUGUGCCAGAUUCUAAGUUAAUUACCAACGUCCUUGAAAUUCGAGGAAAUGGAUCCCUUUCAGACACAUACCGUUACAAAAUUCGAUCAGCACCAGAUGCAGCGAAAAUGGAAUUAAUGUACUUUGCUCCAGUUAGUCCAACAACUUCUGGAGUUUCCGGGAAGAAUAUUAGAACAUGUGCGUCAAGUGAAUCUGCAAACAUAGUGAACAGAUGGAAGCAUAUAUCUAACGAGUCUUGGAUGGAUUGCAGUACGCAGCCACUAAAUUAG